AUGUCCGCUGCAGGUGGUACUGUUGACCAGCCUGUAGCUUCUGCAACCACUGCAACCACCCCGUCGAACACACCGCAACCACCAGCGACGAACCCCUCCGAACAGAACAAGGACGAAAAUAUAAACCCCCAGGCGGACAAUAUGAAAAGCACGAAAGAGGGAGACGCCCAAAUUCCAAAUGAUAUACAAGAAGUAGACGACUUCGGCCUGCCCAUUCGAAAACGCUCGGCACUUGAACGGCCCCCCGACGGCUCCGAAAAUAACGACGAUCACCCCGAAGCCCAGGAGGAACAUGCCUCAAAGGCUGAUAACAGUCCGGAAGCUGAUACGCAAACAAAACAAGAUAUAGAUGGGGUGGACAAUAAAGAGGCAGAGAUCGGCCAAAAAGCUGAACCCACAACUGGAGCUACUGGCGUGGAAGAACAACCACCACCAACCUAUGCAGCCGUAGCGACGAAGGCUGAAGCUCAACAGAAUAAGACUUUAUCUCCAGCAAAUCCCGUCGAACCAGCCUCCAAUGAACCUCCUACAUCCCGAACCUCGACCUCGAAGCCAAAGCAUGCCGAGAUCUCGGAAUGGUCGCACAUGCGUUUGGCUCAACCCGUAGACGCUCACGACCAGAGCGACGAGGAAGAGGAAGAAGAGCCCGAAGACUGGAAAUCUAUGCCCGCCCUUGGAGAGCUUGAUUACUAUGACGAUUACGGAAGACUGGUUGCUCGUGGCGCAAAAGAGGAGGAUGAUGAAGCUGUCUAUCAAGGCCUAGGUGGCGCUGGGAAAGGCUACACUCGAGUCCAGCUAGACGAAGAUGCUCAGUCCGCGACCAGUUUGGAUGAGGAUACGAGUUACCUUUUCCGGGAUCCUGGAGGCAAUUCAGCAGGCUUUGAAGGUGAAGAACUUCGAGAUACAAUGGACCAGUUACAAGCGACAAAAGAUCUUCUCAAUGAAACUCAAAAGAUUGCUUAUGUUGGCGUGGUCAGACUCGCAAUACAUGUUCUAAACUCUGAACUAGCCGCGUUACCAAAGACGAAGAGCUCUAAGAAGGCCCUGCAGAAGGCUUCCGAAAACAUGAGAAAAUGGGGACAAGCAAUGAUGGGUCGAUUGUAUGCCCAUAUGGAUAUCAAUUCUGCUGAGCAAAUCAUGAUUGAACAACUUGCGGGACAUGGUGUCCAGCCUGGGGACUUAGUCCCACCACUUAUGCAGAAUGCACGAGUCAAGAACCCUAUGGCAGAGAGUGACACGAGACAAUCAACAUCUUCAGUUUCAUCUCCUGCACUCAAAUCGGAUCCUCGAUUCAGAAUGUCUUCUGAUACUGCAGGCUCGUCAGAACCCGGAUCUCCUCCCCCAUACGAGGCCCACGAAGGCGAAGGUGUAGUCCCUGAAGUCCAGACACCGUCUCAAAUGCCUACGUCUGAUAAAAUUGACAUUGAUCUUCGAUGGACGGUACUGUGUGAUCUGUUUCUUGUGCUCAUUGCAGACUCAGCCUACGAUGCUCGAUCGCGAACAUUACUAGAAAGAGUCGGAGCAGCCAUGGAUGUGACAUGGUUACAGAUCUCUCGAUUCGAAAAACGAGUGACAGAUGCACUCGAAAUGCAAGAACAGGCAGAAAAGGAGAACUGGGAUGAAACGGAUCAUAUGGAAAAACGACGAGUAAUGUCAAAGAAACGCAAGUAUAUGCUCAUGGGCUUAGCCACGGUAGGCGGUGGCUUGGUCAUUGGUUUAUCUGCUGGAUUACUGGCCCCAGUUAUUGGAGCUGGUCUUGCUGCUGGAUUGACAACUGUGGGAAUUGGCGGUACAAGUACAUUCUUGGGAGGUGUAGGCGGUACUGCCUUGAUCGCCUCAGGUGCUACUGUCGGUGGAAGCGUGAUAGGCAUGAGGGCUUCACAUCGGCGUACUGGAGCAGUUCAAACAUUUGAAUACCGGCCCCUCCACAACAAUAAGAAGCUUAAUCUUAUUGUGACUGUCUCUGGCUGGAUGACUGGAAAGGUCGAUGACGUCCGGCUGCCAUACAGUACUGUGGACCCUAUAAUGGGUGACAUUUAUUCCGUUCUCUGGGAACCUGAAAUGCUGCGCAGCAUGGGUGACACGAUUAACAUCCUUGCAACGGAGGCCUUGACCCAAGGUCUGCAACAAGUUCUUGGUAAUACCAUUUUAAUGGCCCUCGUGGCAUCAUUGCAACUGCCCCUUGUUCUUACGAAACUUUCCUAUCUCAUCGAUAACCCCUGGAACGUCUCAUUGGCUCGUUCCCAUUACGCAGGUUUAAUCAUGGCUGAUUCUUUACAAGACCGAAAUCUCGGGAACCGGCCUAUUACCUUGCUUGGCUUCUCGCUGGGUGCAAAGCUGAUCUUUUCCUGCUUGAAAGAACUUUCAGACAAGGGCGCUCAUGGUCUGAUUCAAAAUGUCUAUCUUUUUGGAUCCCCGGUCGUGGCGAAUAAAGAUGACUAUCUUAAAGCCCGCAGCGUGGUAUCUGGUCGAUUUGUGAAUGGAUAUUCCACUAACGAUUGGAUCUUGGGUUAUCUUUUCCGAGCUACCAGCGGUGGUAUUAUGCGUGUUUCUGGCAUCGCUCCCAUCGAGGGCAUUCCUGGAAUCGAGAACUUCGACUUAACCGAUCUUGUCAAUGGUCACAUGGACUACCGAGCUGCCAUGCCCCGUCUCCUCAGAGAGGUUGGCUGGGAAGUUCUGGAUGAUGAAUUUGCCGAGAUCGAGGAUCCGGACCCUGACAAUCAUGCCGAGCGGCAGCGAGAGUUGAUCCGUGAGAUCGACGACGCAAGACGACAGGCUGAAGCGAAGCCAGAAAAGAAAAGAUUUGGUCUCUUCAAACGAGGCAAGAUGGCAGAGAAGAAGUCAUGGGAGACAUACGAUGUUGAUCGAAAUUCCCCGUUGCGUGACCUUGGCGAGGCUGGUAGUGCUCCCGGCUCUGUACUUUUCGAUAUCGAAGCAAUCCGAGCCGAAUUAGCUUCAGAGGCCAUCGAAGUGAAACAGCUAGAAUCCACUUUGCCGCCAAUGAAACUCGACUUGAACCCUCAGCCGCAACCAGUAUCUUCUUCGGACCCUGUGCCUCCGCCCGACGAGAAAGAGUCUAAAAAGAGCAAGGCCGAUACACUCGAACCUCCUCCGGUCACUCGAACUGCCUCAGAGCCUAGGUUGAACACAGACCGUCAUUCUCCAUAUGAACCUUCGGAGUACAAAGAAGACGAACUUGAAAUGACCUUUGACACCUCAUACCAUGAACCACCACCGCGAUACUCUCCUGAGCCUAUCAACCGCCCGGGGUUCAGAUCUACAACCAGCCUACCUAACACCAGCAAUUCUGGUAACGUUCCAGUUGGUGAUAUAGCGCUCGAGCACAAUGCUUGGGCUGACGACCAUGGAGAUGGCGAAAUUUCAAUGACAUUUGAGUAA